AUGGGGACAGUGGAGUCUGCCAGGGAUUGGUCCGACCAUAGGGUUUCAAGUCCGCUGGCGAACCCGCACCAAUCAUCGGGACAGGAUGUUGAAAGUAUCAGGGAGCCACGGGACAACUAUCAUAUUGGAAAUGCGUCUAGAGAGUUGCUGCCGUCAAUUGCACAUUUAGACUUGGAAAAUAGCGGCAGGGCCGUCGGCAGGGCCUCUGCUGAUACGAGACGUCCUGGAGAAGAGAAGGACCAGAGGCCGCACAACCAACCUCUGUAUAUUCCCCAGCGACAAUCCCUUCCCUCAAUACAUGAAGCGUUAGGCUCUGCCCCCUUUGGCUUGCCUUCCGCUUCUUCCUCAGCCAAACCGGGGACACUACCCACGUCCAUAUCGCCAAGCAUCGCGCGUCCAGCUCUGGACGGACCUUCUGGGCCCUCCAAUCCAUUUUCAAGUGGCCCUGGAUCCUUCUUACGGGAUAAUCCUUUCGCCGCACACCAGACACUUCAGCGUGGACAAACUCAGACCGAGGCAUCUCCAUCGAGCCUAGCUUCAAUUCACUCCCACGAAUCUCGCAAUCCAUCAAUCUUGUCGCUGAGCUCCGGCAAGUCUCCCACUCAGGAGCUCCAAAGACGGGGCUCCAUCACUGUCAAACUCCCAGUCUUCCGUCUAUGA